CCCUCCCCGAGGCCCCGCCUUCUGGGUGGGGCCGGGCCACGCCCCACGCGGGUUCCAUUUCCGCCCAGGGAAGGCCUACUUCCUGUAGCUCUGCGGUAUGGCUGCACGGCAACCCCUGAGAGUGCUGUGCCUGUCGGGCUUCCGGCAGAGCGAGCGGGGCUUCCGUGAGAAGACUGGGGCGCUGAGGAAGGCGCUGCGGGGCCGCGCGGAGCUCGUGUGCCUCAGCGGGCCGCACCCGGUCCCCGAGGCAGCAGCUCCCGAGGGCGCCGGGCCAGACUCCGGGCCCACUGCUCCGGAGGAGCAACCUCGAGGCUGGUGGUUCUCUGAACAGGACGCAGAUGUUUUCUCCGCACUGGAAGAGCCUACAGCAUGCAGGGGUUUGGAGAAGGCCCUGGAAACAGUGGCCCAGGCCCUGGACACGCUGGGACCUUUCGAUGGACUCCUUGGCUUCAGCCAGGGGGCUGCACUAGCUGCUUUUGUGUGUGCCCUGGGUCAGGCAGGCGAUCUCCGAUUCCCCUUGCCUCGUUUUAUCAUACUUGUGUCCGGGUUCUGUCCCCGAGGCCUUGGCCUUAAGGAAUCCAUCCUGCAGAGCCCCUUGUCACUGCCUUCGCUUCAUGUGUUUGGGGACACUGAUCGCGUCAUCCCUCCUCAGGAGAGUAUGCAAUUGGCUAGCCGAUUCCUUGGAGCUGUCACCCUCACCCACUCUGGUGGUCACUUCAUUCCAGCAGCUUCCAUCCAGCGCCAAGCCUACCUCAAAUUCUUGGAUCAGUUUGCAGAGUGAAGGAUCAACGUGCUCUCUGAACUGCUCCCGCUUGCCCUGGCAGCCAGCUGCCUAAUCCCCUCCUGGUCUUAACCUAGUGGAAUCUCCACUGUGCCUCUCUGACUAUGUCUAGUUGAAAGACACUGUCAGUUCUCAGAACUCACAUAAACCCUGCCCUUUCCUGGCCCAGAGAGGAGCAGCCUUACACUUUCAUUUAUGGUAGACAUGAGAAGGCCAGAAAGCCCAUCAAAGGAAAGUGAUGCACAAGCCUGUGACGGCCAUACAAUAAAGUGAUGGUUUAGACAGUCAUCAUCUUUUUCCUGGGAUACAGACCCUGGGGCAGCACCAAGCUAAGCAUCACUAGCAGUUGUGAGCCCCCAAACACAUCUUUAGUGGAAGUCAUUGUUUUUUAUUGUUUUGUGUCAUUAUGCUUAUUUAUUGUGUGUAUGGGUGUUUGUACAUGAGCCAUGACGCCUGUGGACGUUACAUCUGAGGAGUUGGAGUAAGAGAACACUUGGCCUGGGUCAUCUGCUUUUAGACUUCCUAGAUCCUGAUACCUGAGAAUUGGGAGUUGGAUUUCUUUUGGUUCCCAGCCCUGUUACUUUCUCUUCCAUAACUGCCUCAUCCCUUCUGAACUCUGAGCUUGAAAGCUUGGAUAGUACCAGAUGUUGGAUAGAGGCCAAAGACAGCACAAAAUAAACUGCCUUUUCUUAAGGA